GGUUGGGGGGGGGGAGCGGACGGGGGGGAAAGAAACCCGCUGCCGAACGAAACCACUCCUUUCCGCCGCCGCCUCCUCCUUCCCCCCUCUUUCUCUCGGCCGCCUCUCUCAACCGCCAACCGCUUUCGAUGGCCGAGGAUGCCGAGGAAUCGUUCAGAGAAUGGCGGCGCUGAAGCGGGCAUUUGCGGAUGUUAUCUUGAACACGGCGAAGGAGUCGGCGGUUCGGAUUCUGGCCUCCGAGCGGAGGGUGCUCCAGCUGCAGCAGAGUCUGUCGCUCGCCAGGGAAGAGUCACUGGACAUGCUUCUCCGAUUGAAGUCCAUCAUGGACUCCAAGAUUAAUGAAUUGGAAAAGUCCAAUCUAUCUCAGGUAAGGAAAAUUCAAAAACUUGAAGUUCAACUCGGUGAAGCAAAGGGUACAAUAAAUUUUCUUAGAUCUGAACUGAAGAGAUUGAAUUCUGAAUUGGAUCAAAGGAUGGAUAUUCAAGCUGAGUUUCCCGAUGGGAAAAGCACAGGUCACAAUGCCACUUCUGAGAAAUAUAAUUGUAAAGAAAACAUACAUAAUUCUGACUCACACCUGUACUCUAAAAGAGGAGCCAAAAGUGUACCGAAUUCUGACUGCUGCUUCACCAAAGGCGUGACACAAGAUGAACCUUUGAAUAAUUUGAUUGCAGUGGAUAAUUACGCUGGCAACCCUGACUUGGCAUCAAUAAUACUGAGCAACAAAGAGCCAGAGCUUUAUCGAAACGGAUGCACCCAGAGGAUUCGAGCUUUUGAGCGGAAUCAAGUAUCUGGGAAAGAGUUCUCUACACAAAUCCAUGACCAGGUCUCAGACAUAAAGAGUGAAACAAUGAUGUGUGAGAAUGGAAAACCUGAAAGGUCUCACACCAAAGAUUUUGCUAUGGUGAAAAAACCAGUGUGUCGUAGGAAACGAAGAGUGCAUUGUAAAAAGCAUAUUAUGAAGUCUACAGAAUGUGGUUAUCAUGACAUGCGACAUUGUAGAUCCCUGGAGAGUAGUCAUUCUAAGUUUUCUAUGGCGACCAAUGACCAUAUGUCAAACAUAAAGAAUGAAACAAACAUGUGCGAGAAUAAAAAAGCUGAAGGGCCCUGGGCCAUAGAUUUUGGUAUGGCAGAAAAAAUAGUAAGAAGAAAGAUGCGGCGUCAAAAACGCAUGAGGCCUGCUAAAUGUAUUACUUAUCAUGACAUGCAACAUUAUGGAUUGCUAGGUAGUAAUCAUUCCAAGGUUGGAGAAAAUGACAAGGAUAGAUCUGCUGGUAAUUCACAGAGGGCUAGCGGUGAAGCACCUCUAAAGACACUGGAUUCUUGUUCACCUCAGAUGUCUGGAGAAAAUCAGGAAACAACAAAAGAUCAAAAGACUAAGUUGAACAAAUUUUCCAAUCAUAGAAUCUCAGGGCUUUUAGAUGGCAAUAGAAUAAUGACAAGGAGAUCUGUUCUGAAACUAUGCAAUACUUGUGAAGAUCAUACUGGUGGAAGCCAUACUUCUGGUAGUGGAGCCACUUUUCAAGAAAAUAGUCUAAAGGAAUCUUUGGUACUAGGUACAAGUGAGGUGAUUGAUGAUGCAGUUUCAGAUGCUGUUAAAAAUGGCACACUGCUACAUGAGAUAAUGUUGUCAAAAGCAGAUGAUAAAUUAGCAGAAGAUUUAGGUACUUCUAUAACAAAAGAGGGUCACGAUGAUUCUAAAGAUGAACCUUGCAAGCCAUGUGGACCUGCUGCUGAAGAUCGAAGUGACAAAAUCCUCAAAUAUACCUUUCAGAGGAAGCGGAAGAGGGUUUCUAUAGAUAGCAAAGUUGACUCUACAUCUUUAGAGGGAAGCAUGUCCAAGCAAACAGUGGAGAAAGAUAAUGCUGUGCUGGACCCUCAGAAAUCUAGCUUACUAGUGGAAUCAUCCAGAGAGAGUAGGAGACUGGCACAGGUUGCUCGACAGGUUGGUAUAUCACAAGCCCAACAGAAGAGGAGGUAGAGGAGCAAGAGGAACAUGAGAAGAAGAUAAAGUAGAGGAAGACAAGGGGGGAGAGAGGCGUACCUUAUGCUGGAGAGGAGGCAGCGACCCUUACAAGGAGGAGAAAGUGGUGGUGGUGGCAACCCUUACAAGGAGGAGAAAGUGGCGAGUGACGAGUUGGAGGCAGCAGUGGCAAAUUGGUGGGGAGGAAGAGGCGGAGGGGAGAGAGAUAUGAUGCAUGAGAGAAAGAAAGAGAAUGUGCAACGAGAAAAAGAAAGGGAAAAGAAAUGAAAAAGAAAAGGCAGCUGUCAAGCUAUCGAAAGAAUAAAAGAAAAAGGAAACCUAAUGGUAGGCUUACAAUUUGAUACACCCUGUUUCGAUUGGAAAAAGAGGAUGUUACAUCUGAGACGCUGAUUAUAUCAAGCUGUAAGCCUGGUAUGAAAUGGUACCAGACAAAAAUUUGUGGUCCACGUACCAAUUCACUGUUAGAAUGUUAAAUACUGGUCUGUACCUACCAGUACACUUGAUUUUUAACACCAUGAUGUUAUGUAACAUCUAUAGUAAGCAAAGGUGGACUUGCAAGAUCUUAAAGAAGGUGAGUUUUUCUUAACAAGCUGUAUGCAAGAGUUAGCAAACAACACACUAUUUCAACGUAAGCUCAUAUGUCUUGCAAACAAGCCAAAUGGCAAGCCAACCAUGUUCAGUUAGUAAACAUUGCAUUAGGCUUACUGCCCUUCAACCAUGUUUCUGUCUGUCAUGGCUAAGUGUUACAUUCGCCUUUCACCUAAAAUUUUGCAUUUCUACAGGCUUUACAGUGUCUAUGGAAAAGAUACUAGUGAAGAAUUAAAUCUAGGCAUAGGGAACUCUAUAUUAUAUUAUGCCACUAAUGAUGAAUCAAAUUUCAAUUGGAUUCUGUAGGUAUUCAAAUAAAUUUAUACAUGCAUAUAUAUAGAUAAAU